AGUCAGUCAUUCUCCAGUCGCUUGAGAGCAAGCUCGCGCGUGUAGCGUAGUCGCGUAUACGUACGCUAAGCUGGGUUGGUUUAAUUACAGUUAGCUUAAUUUGUAGGGGUGGUAGCCCAAAAGGAGUGUGCAACACACUUUCCCGUUGCUUUCGCCGAAGAUGGAUUAGCCCAGCCUGGAGUUGAGGUGUUGUUCCUAGUGUUGAUUGUUACCCUUUUUCGUGAGCUGAAAGAUAGAGUUAAGAUAAUUGUUGCGAUCGAGAUGUGGCCCACGAGGAGGCUGAUCAAAUACGGGCUUGUCGGAGGUUCACUUUUGGGAACCGCCGUAAGUCUUCACGCCAACGACUAUGAUAUCAAUUCGAUAGGAAUCGUUCGGCUGGGUCGCGCCGGAAUGACCGUAUUCGACAUUGCUGUCACGUACAAAACAAACCUCUACAAGCGUGAAUGGCCCGAUAAGAAAGAUCCGGAAUAUGUUAAGCUGAAGAGCGAAACGCACAAGUUGGCCGCGGAGAAGCUGCUGAACCUGUGCCGAACAAACAGGGGAGUGUACAUUAAAGUAGGUCAGCAUAUCGGCGCCCUGGAGUACCUGCUCCCGUACGAGUACGUCAACACGAUGAAGAUCUUGCACAGCAACGCACCCCAGAAUCCAAUCGAAGAUCUGUACAAGGUGAUUCGGCAAGAUCUGAAAAAGGACCCGGAGGAAAUCUUUUCCUCGUUCGACCCGGAACCACUUGGAACCGCUUCGCUUGCCCAAGUCCAUCGAGCAACGCUCAAGGAUGGCACCGAAGUGGCCGUCAAGGUUCAACACCCGUACGUCCGGGGGAACUCCCUCGUGGACAUCAAAACGAUGGAGCUCCUGGUCAACCUAGUCACGUGGACCUUCCCGGACUUUAAGUUCCAGUGGCUGGUGAAGGAAACCAAACGAAACCUCCCCAUCGAAAUGGACUUUGAGAACGAGGGACACAACGCCGAAAAGGUGGCGGAAAUGUUCAAGGACUACGCGUGGUUGAAAAUCCCCAAAAUCUACUGGGACUACACGACCUCCCGCGUCCUGGUGAUGGAAUACGUCAAGGGUGGCCAGGUCAACGACCUCGAAUACAUCCAGCAGCAAAAGCUCGACCCGUACGACAUCGCGAACAAAAUCGGUCAACUGUACGCCAACAUGAUCUUCCUGCGGGGCUUCGUCCACAGCGAUCCCCACCCGGGCAACAUUCUCGUUCGACGAACACCUAAAGGGGCCACCGAAGUUAUCCUGCUCGACCACGGACUGUACGCUGACCUCACGGAAAAGUUCCGCUACGAAUACUCGAAACUUUGGCUCAGCAUCCUGAAGGUCGACCAGGCAGGCAUGAAGCAGCACGCACAAGCCCUCGGCGUCCAAGGCAGCAUGUGGGGCCUGUUCGCAUGCAUGGUCACCGGCCGACCCUGGAACUCGGUCAUCAGCGGCAUCGACAAGGUGAAGCAGGACGAGCAAGAGAAAGAAAUGAUGCAAACGGAGGGCAAACUCGUCAUCCCGCACAUCUCGGACGUGCUGGAAAAGGUGGACCGCCAGAUGCUGCUGGUGCUCAAAACCAACGACCUCAUCCGGGGCAUCGAAACGACGCUCAAGACGCAAAACCGCAAGACGGCCUUCUGGGUGAUGACCAAGUGCUGCGUCAAGAGCGUCGGCAACCGGGAGUACAUGCAGGCGACCGAUCCGUGGCGCAAGCUGUCCUCCUGUCUGCGCGAAAACUGGGCCAUCCUCAAGCUGAACCUGUACUACCUCUACCAGGGCAUCGUCAGCCUGUCGCUGCUGUCGGCGCUCAAGAUGAUAUUCUAGUUUGGGUUCAAUUGUUUUGUGUAAUUUAACAAAGUUGAAGAUGCUUGCGUUUCUGUUGUUCACCUUUAACUUUUAAGCUACUGUCGAAGAUUUCCAACCGACAAACAGGUAUGUUAGAUUUAUGGCUUGUUGCGUACACAAAUCUUUAUUUUCUAGCAAAUAUAAUGCUGUCGAUGUAA